ACAUAUAAAAGACAAGACUUGUUUUCAAUUGAGCAAUAACUAGAGAGCCUAAGAUCUAAAACAAAUGAUCUUUCCUCAAGUCAUCUCAAGUAAUAUUGAAUGAGCAUAAUUCAUGUAUUAGUAUUAGUGCAUAGCUGUGCUGAAUAAAAUGAAGAUUGCUGUAAUAGGACAGAGUUUGUUUGGAGCUGAAGUUUAUAAACUUCUUCAGAGAAAUGGACAUGAAAUUGUUGGUGUUUUUACUGUACCAGAUAUCAAUGGAAAACCAGACCCUUUAGCUGCAGCUGCCGAGAAAGAUGGUAUCAAAGUGUUUAAAUAUAAAAGAUGGCAGCUGAAGAAAGUAGCUAUACCAGAAGUGUUAGAGGAAUAUAAAGCUUUAGGAGCUGAAUUAAAUGUUUUACCAUUUUGUUCUCAGUUUAUACCGAUGGAUGUUAUAAAUCACCCAUCUCAUCAAUCUAUUAUAUAUCAUCCUUCAUUACUACCAGUUCACAGAGGUGCUUCAGCCAUUAACUGGACAUUGAUGAAAGGUGAUAAAAGAGCAGGUUUUACUGUAUUUUGGGCUGAUGAUGGAUUAGAUACAGGACCAAUUUUAUUACAAAAACAAACUUAUGUGGCGCCAAAUGACACUAUAGAUUCUCUGUAUAAUAGAUUCCUCUUUCCUGAAGGUGUCAAGGCCAUGGGUGAAGCUGUACAGUUAAUAGCAGACGGUAAAGCCCCUAAAAUUGUUCAACCAGAAGAAGGUGCUACAUAUGAUCCUCUCAUUAAAAAAGAUAAAGUUCAAAUUAAUUUAGAUCAAACAGCUGAUGAACUACAUAAUUUUAUCCGAGGUAAUGAUAAAGUUCCUGGUGCAUGGUUAAUCAUUGAUGGAGAGAAAAUAUCAUUAUUUGGGUCCAAGUUGUGGACAAGAAUGAAACCAAGAGGAACAGAAAUAACAAUAGAAGGAUCCUCACAAAAACCUAUUGUACAUAAAAAGGGACUGAUUCUGUUUGGUAAUGAUGGUAAAAUGGUAAAUGUUAGUCAGUUACAAUAUGCAAGUGGUAAAAUGAUACCAGCUUCUAAAUAUGGUAAAGAUGAUCCGUCCACACAAAAACUAGAAUUAACAACAGAAGAACAACAACUGGUUAUAAAUUUAAAGUCAAUAUGGAAUGGUAUUUUGAAUGUUGAUCCAGAUUCUACAACAGAUUUUUUUAAAUGUGGAGCUGGAUCUAUGGAUGUUGUCAGAUUAAUAGAAGAAGUUAAAGAGAAAUGUAAUGAUAUUAGAUUAGCAACAGAAGAUGUUUAUAUGAAUACAGUGUUUGAAGAUUUUACUAACUGUGUUAUUAGACGAGGUAGAGGUAUAGAAGAUAAAGAAGAAUUGGUAUUUGAACCUGUAAGAAUGCGAGUAAAUAAUAUGGAUAUUAGUUUCCCAAAUCAAGCUUUUAUAGACAAUGAGUUUGUAGACUCAUCAAAUGGUCAAACCUAUGAAACCAUUAAUCCUAAUGAUGAAUCAGUGAUAUGUAAAGUAGCUAAAGCAAGUAAAGAUGAUAUCAACAGAGCUGUUGAAGCUGCAAAGGAGGCAUUUGAAGAAGGACCCUGGGGCAGUAUGAAUGCAAGAGAUCGUGGUACUAUCAUGAACAGAAUGGCUGAUUUAAUGGAAGAACAUCAAGAAGAAUUAGCUACAAUAGAAUCUAUAGAUAGUGGUGCUGUUUAUACUCUAGCAUUAAAAACACAUGUUGGUAUGUCUAUACAAACAUUUAGAUAUUUUGCUGGUUGGUGUGAUAAAAUACAGGGUUUAACCAUUCCAGUCAACCAUGCUCGUCCAAAUAAAAAUUUAACUUAUACAAAACGUGAACCCAUUGGUGUUUGUGGCAUUGUGGUACCAUGGAAUUAUCCCCUUAUGAUGUUAGCAUGGAAAAUGGCUGCAUGUUUAGCAGCUGGAAAUACUGUUGUUCUUAAACCAGCCCAAGUUACACCACUUACUGCUUUAAAGUUUGCUGAAUUAUCAGUUCAAGCUGGAUUCCCUACUGGUGUUAUAAAUAUAUUACCUGGAUCAGGUUCUGUAAUUGGUCAAGCAUUGUCUGAUCAUCCUGAUGUUAGGAAGUUAGGUUUUACUGGUUCAACACCUAUUGGUAAAACUAUCAUGGAAAGUUGUGCUAAAAGUAAUUUAAAGAAAGUGUCAUUAGAAUUAGGAGGUAAAUCACCACUAGUUAUAUUCAGUGAUUGUGAUUUAGAAAAGGCUGUUCGAAUGGGUUGCAGCUCCGUUUUCUUCAACAAGGGAGAGAACUGUAUAGCAGCUGGUAGAUUGUUUGUAGAGGAAUCUAUUCAUGAUGAGUUUCUCAGAAGAGUUUUAGAAGAAAUAAAGAAGAUGAAGAUUGGUGAUCCAUUAGAUAGAUCAACAGAUCAUGGUCCACAGAAUCAUCGUGCUCACCUCGAGAAACUCAUAGAAUACUGUGAUAUAGGUGUGAAGGAAGGAGCUACUCUCGUUACUGGUGGUAAACAAGUAAAUAGACCAGGGCUAUUUUUAGAACCAACAGUAUUUACAGAUGUUGAAGAUCAUAUGAUGAUUGCUAUAGAAGAAUCGUUUGGUCCAGUCAUGAUUAUCUCAAAAUUCAUAGAUGGUGAUAUUGAUGGUAUGUUACAACGAGCUAAUAAUACAGAGUUUGGUUUAGCCUCUGGUGUGUUUACUAAAGAUGUAAAUAAAGCUUUAUAUGUGGCUGAUAAUCUCCAGGCUGGUACUGUAUUUGUUAAUACUUAUAAUAAAACUGAUGUAGCAGCACCAUUUGGUGGAUUUAAACAAUCAGGAUUCGGCAAAGAUUUAGGUCAAGAAGCAUUAAAUGAAUAUUUGAAGACUAAAGCUGUUACAGUAGAAUAUAGCAGUUAAUAUCAUCAACAAAUUCUCUUAUUCUAGUUGUGAUAAUAUGGGACCAUAUUUGAUGUACAAUGAAUGACACAAUCUAGUCUUUGUACAUGCUCUUUAACCCUCCAAACAAUCUUGUCAAAUUUACAUUGUCAUUGCCAAAGUUAAUCAAAGAAACAAAAGUCAAGACUUUCCAAGCAGGAUCAUUAGAUAUAGUCUUUUGAUUAAACCAGUUAUCGGUUAUUUGUUUUCUGCUUGGCACCUUAUUUUUUUAAUUUAAAUAUGAUAUAUUUUGUAUAAAUUAAACUGUUACGUAGAUCAGGUACUUGUAGGGUUAAAAUGUAGCCAUAUUAGAAAUCAUUAAAAAUGUCGGUGGUUGAUUCAGAUAUGUAUAAUAUUUGUAUAACUUUUUUUCAGGGUGAGUGAAAUAUAUCUAUAGAAAUAUAUCCUGAGAAUUAAAAAUGUUAAUUCCGUGCUUUAUAAAAUCAUGUUAUGUCUUUUUUUGUAAGUGCUUUUAUGUGAUAUAUAUUGGUUCCAAAUACUUAUUGAAAUCCGGAAUAUUUCUGUUUCUUUUACACUGGAUAUUAAUUAAAUUUGUAUUCUUUAAGACUUAUUCAAUAUGACUGUAAUAAAAUAUAAAUGCACUUGUUAAGAGUAUAAAUGGCACAUGUAAUGCAGACCUAUGCAAAUUGUUAUAAUUAAGCUGGUUACAAUGUUAUACAUUAAAGCUAACAAAAAGAACUUACUCUGUUAAAAACAUUUUAAUUAAAUGGUGUUUAUUGAUAGCUUUUUAAAAACAUUUUAAUUAAAUGGUGUUUAUUGAUAGCUUUUAUCCGACAUAAUACUUGAACAGUUUUUAAUUUUAUUAAAUUUUUUGUUGUGUUUGUUUAUCGAUUUUGCCAUUUUAUUUAUUUGACCUUAAUUUGGUUAAAAAGUGGAAGUCAGUUGUUGUACUGGUAAUUAUGACUCGUAUUUAACAUCAUUUUGAAGUUGCAAUUAAACCCACACGUUGUUCUGUUCACGUCAAGCAUUUUCGUCCAAAAGUCUGUUUUGCCUUUUAUGCAAAAAGAUAAAAAUGAGACUUAGAUCAUUCUUUCCCUGGACUCUUCAUUUAUCAAAUUUAUAUGUAAAUAAUCAGUACCGGUAUAUUGUUUGUAUUCCACCCUAGCUGGAACUGAACAGCAAAUGCAUUUGAUAAACAAAUUUCAUUGGAAUAUUAUAUCUUCCUGAAUGCAUACAAUUGGAAUUAUGAAAGCAGCCUUUAAAAUUUAAUAACGGUAUCCAUUGCUAUUAUAAAUGUGUUUGUAUUCAAUACUGUAUAUCUUUGUUAAUGAAUGCAUAAUUUGUUUAUUUUUAUUUAUAAUUUAAGAAUUAUGAAUUACAUGUAUACGUGUGCUUUACUUGUCUAUAUUUUUCUGUAUAUAUAUAAAUUGGUGCAGGACAAUUUAGCAAGACCACUAUAUUUUUAUCAUUAAUUAUAAAAAAAGGAUAGUUUAUAAAAAUGUAAAAGAAGAUGUAUAAAAAAAAAUAAUUAUAUGUAUAUUCAUAUUUUUAUCAUUAAUUAUAAAAAAAAGUAUAGUUAAUAAUAAUAUUCAAAAAAAAAAAGUAUAGUUUAUGAAAAUGUAAAAAAAAAAGAUGUAUAACAAAAUAAUCAUGUAUAUUCAAAUUAUAUUUUUGUUUAGUUUAAGAUGACCUUUGAGAUUGGUGAACUUUAUAUUUCUACUAGUUUAUUAGAGGGAGAGUUUUUUUUUUGGUUUUUGUUUUUUUUAGAUGAUCUCCUUGCCUUAAAAUUAAUACUUUUUAUAGAAGAUUGGUGCAACAUCUUAUUUAUUUCUUGUUUUGGGGUUUUUUUUUUCUUAAUUACGCAACAGAUUUUACAUAGUAAAGUCAUACAGAGGUUCAAAGUAACACAUAACAUAUUUUAGAUCAUGUGAACUCAUUGACCAAUCAAAUUGUUUUUUUUUGUAUAAUCGCGGCAAUCAGGUUAAUUUUAGAAGCCAUAAACUAAAUUUUGAUUACGGUAGAUGUUACUUGACUAAGGUCAUUAUUUACACAAGUUCAGGUGUUGACCGGCAAGAUGUUCUUGUACGAAGUUAGUAUUAAGUCUUAUUAAAAAUACAAAGUCAAAACAUGUGUUUAUUCCUUGAGUACUGAAGUACAGUAGGAUGAUGUGGAACAUCUGGUCUGUUUUAAAAUGUAAUUAUAUAUAUAUUCUUGUACAGGUUAGUGCACAUUUAAUUAUACAUGUAAGCAUAAGAUUCUCAUUUAUUAUUUAGAAAUACAUUAUAUUUACAAGACCUUGCUUAAAUGAAACUUUUUUACCGCAGUAAAUUUAAUAAUUUGAACCCACUUUGAUUGGGUAAAAAAUAUAAUAGCUGGUUUGAUUGCAUUUUCUGUGUCGAUUGAUUUUGCCUGUAGAUAAAGCCUAUAUAAUCGAUUGUUCAAGUUUCAACAUUUUAAACCAAAAAUUUAAAAGCAAACUAAUUUAUACUUGAUCUUUUGAACGAAAACUUUAAUUGUGCAUCACUAAUCAAGAUAAAAAACUAAAACAAUACUUUAAUUCAAUACCUUUUAUUUUAUUAGGCUACAUUUUAAUUUGUGUCAUAAAUUCCAUUUGAUAUUAGGAUCCAUGAUAGUUUGGCUUUAAAAUGCUAAUUAAACUUUACAAAUUCCUUUAAUAAUAUAAGAUACCAGUAGUUUUCAACAGCUAGUCAAUUAUUUUAUGUUUUAUUUUCAGUUAGCCCGGUUAUAUGUGUUUCUAUGUAUUAUACUAUACUAUAUUAUACUAUAUUAAUUGAAA